CGUGAUGGAUGAGACGACCCACUCGAAGACAAAACCGAAAACGGUGACCAAAUCAAAAGAGGUGUCGACGAAAGCCGUGCCUGGUAAAAAACCCAAGCCAGUGGUAAAUGGUAAUGGUACGGCGGUGGCGGUAAAGUCAGCACCUGUGGCGGCGGCGACGACGGUGGUGGCGGUAAAAAAAUUACCGCCAACCGGCAAAAAAAUACCGGCGCCAACGAGGAAACCGAUGAAAACAAUCGUGGAAGAGGGCCCGUCGUCGAAACCGGCGGCAGCCACAGUCAAAAAGUCGCCCCGACGUUCCGUGCGAAUUUCAUCGAAAGCCGCCGAUGGUGACAUUGCGAACCCGGCAAAUAGCGCCCCGUCGACAUCGGGCUCCGGCUCCGCAGCGGAGCCAGCUCCAGGUUCCGGCGGCGGCUCCGCAGCGGAGACUGUUGUUCAUCGUUCAGCUGUUGGGCAUCGACGACACACUAUUGGUGCUGGUGUGGAUAGGAAAAGCGCUGCAGCGGGUCCUGCAACGAAAAGGUAUUUUUUGGAAAAUUUUUUGGUUUAUUUCUCGUAUCACAAUUUUCAUUGA